AUGGCCACGCUCUCAUCUGAUCAACUCUCGGCAAUUCAUGCUGCAGCCGAAAUGCUUCUUCCCGAUGCAAUUACUUUCUUGACAGAACUCGUUCGCAUAGAUACUAGAAAUCCUCCUGGAUAUAAUUAUCGCCAAAUAAUUGAACUUAUUGGUAAUAAGCUUGAAUCUUUUGGUUAUGAUAUCAAGUAUGUUCUACUUACUCCAGAAGAAGCCGCUACAUUGGCACCUCAUGGAGAAAACCUGGAACGAAUCAAUAUUAUUGCUAGGCUUCCACCGAAUGCAUCUUCUGCGAGUGAAAAAACAAUUCAUUUUAAUGGGCAUGUAGAUGUCGUUCACGAAGGUGAUGUUUCAAGGUGGAAGUUCGAUCCUUUUGGUGGAGAGGUCAAAAAUGGAAAGAUUUAUGGUAGAGGUGUAUCUGAUAUGAAAGGUGGAAUUGCUGCUCAAAUAUAUGCCAUUCAAGCGUUGAAAGUGGCUGGAUUGAAACUGAGAGGAACAAUUGAACAAUCGGCCGUAGUCGAUGAAGAAACCACGGGCAUUCGAAAUGCUGGUAUGGGAUAUCUAGUUGAAAAAGGAUACAUUACAAAGGAAAAAACGACUGCCGUCGUUAUUACAGAACCUUUAAAUUCCUGUAAUGUAUGUUGUGGCCAUCGAGGAACAAUAUGGGGUGACAUUACCUUUUACGGUAAAUCAUCUCAUGGAUCCAUGCCAGCAUUGGGUGUCAAUGCCAUAGAAAACUGUGCAAAAUUUAUUACUGUCGCUACAGAAGAACUAAGCGUUGUCCAUGCAAAAAAGAUCGAUACCAAUGUUAUACCAUUCGAAGCGAGAAAAGCUAGUCUUGCAUUCACAAUCAUACAAGGUGGUACUAAUACAAAUUCUGUACCAGAUGUUUGCAAAGUCUCUUUUGAUAGACGUCUAGUUCCUGGUGAAUGUCUUGAUGAAGCUCGUUCUGAAAUUCACUCCAUUUUGAAACGAUUAGCAUUAGAAAACUCGAAUUUUAUAUACAAAUACGAAGAACGAUAUGCUGCCAAAUCCACAUGGGUAGAUCCCGAACAACCAUUGUCAUGCAUCUUUCGAAAUGCAAUUCGAACAGUUACUGGAAAAGAAGCUACAGUAGUUUGUUCUCCUGGUUCUGAUGAUCAACGAUUCGUGGUGCAUAAUGCUGGAUUGGAAGCUUGCAUUAUUUAUGGUCCAGGAAAUAUUAAGAAUGUUCAUUGUUACGACGAAGAACUAUCUUUAGAAGAUUUGAAGAUUGCAAUUGAAGUCAUGGCCAUUGGCGCCGCGGAAGUUGUCGGAGUAGAAUAA